AUGUCAACAACAUCCAUUUCCCUGGGUCAUCCUUUUCUGUGUCUCUCCUUAUUCUUUCCCAUCCAGCCUCCUUGUUCUCAUUCUUCGCCUGAUCCUGCCAGAUGCCCCUGCAUCUUCUGUCCUUUGGUGAUGGUGAGGUUUAAGGCAGGCCAGGCUGGACCACAGCCUGGUCCCUGUCCAACAGUGGGCCACAGCAUGCUGCUGAGGGUGACAGGAAAGAGUGAAGAGACGGGGGAUUCUGGUCCUCCCCAUCGCCUUUCUCCUGUCCUUAGCGUUCCUCUUAGGUUCCUCCCUUCUCCUUCCCCGCUGCACUUCUCAGCCUUUCCCCCUUCUCCUAAAUACUGUGCUACUUAA